AUGGCGCGCACUGCAGUACUCUCGUUCUUCACCUUGUUGUCCGCAGUCAGCGGUGCCUCUGCGCAGCAGUCCUGCAAAACCACUCCCUUGGACGCUGCCUGGCCAUCCGACGCCGAUUGGUCUGCCCUGAACACCACCAUCAACGGCUCUCUGAUCAAGACGCGUCCUGUCGCCUCGUCUUGCUACCCCGGCAACCCGUUUGGCAUCUCGGAGUCAUGCGAUGAGGUCAAGGAGGGAUGGGAAACUGCUACCUUCCACGCAAAGUUUCCAGAGUCUGUCGACUACCCGGUGUACGCCAACAACUCAUGCUUGCCCCCCAAUGCGGCCGGGUACUCUGCUUCGAAGGGUUGCGACAUUGGUGCCCUCCCGCAGUAUGUCGUCAAUGCUACGACUGAGGAGCAGGUUGCUGCUGCCAUGAGCUGGGCCAGCCAGCGCAAUAUCCGCAUCGUUGUCAAGGGGACGGGACACGAUCUGAACGGCCGAUCCUCCGGAGCCUACUCCCUGUCCAUCUGGACUCCCAACUUCAAUAAGCUCGAAUUCCAACCCGAAUGGAAGAACCCGGGCGACAACACCACCGAGGUCGCCAUGAUCGUCGGCAGCGGAAACAACUGGGGUAUGGCAACUCGCGGAGCCGCCAAGUACGGCAAGGUUCUGGUCGGCGGGACCGUCGAGUCCGUCGGAACCGGAGGUCAGAUCCAAGGAGGCGGCCACGGCCCCCUUUCAAGCACAUUCGGCCUUGCGGCGGACCAGAUCCUCCAGGCUCGCGUGAUCACGACUGAAGGCAAGAUUCUCGUGGCCAACGAUGCGGAGAACCAAGACCUCCUCUUCGCCGUACGCGGAGGCGGCGGUGGCCAGUACGGCGUCGUCACCGAGUACGUCCUCAAGGCGCACACGCCCCCGGGCAACGUUGUCUCCCUCGGCAUCAAUCUGUCCACCAACAGAAACGACACCGCGGCCAAAGAAGCUACCUGGCUCAGCUUUGCGGCCCUAAUGGCGAGCAUCCCUGACUUGAUGGACGCGGGUCUCACGGGUUCGGCCCUGUUCAACCGUGAAAGCUUGUCAGACGUGUCUCUCCCGGCCAACACCACGCGCAAGGUCUCGGGUAACCUUGGUUUCUUCGCGUACAAUACCACAAUCGAGAAGAUGACCGCCCUCCUGGAACCCGUCAAGGCUCGCAUGAUCGCCGCGGGUGGGGGCAACAGUACCGUCUCGGCCACUUUUGGCACGCCCGGGGAGAACCCUGAUUUCUCCAGCUUCUUCGAGUCCGUCAAUUCGGCCCCCAGCAUCGCGGGACAGUACAGCCUCAUGAGCAGCCGUCUGUUGGGCCGCAAGCACCUGUCCGAGAUUCCCGUCACGACCCUGGCCUCCUACCUCAAGAGAGCCCUGGCAGCUCAGGACCCGACUGGCGGCGGCAUGAUGGUCAUCGGUCUUCAGGGCGGUCCCGGUCCCCGGAGUGUGCCGGAGAAGAUGCGCGGCGCCGUGAACCCGGUGUGGCGGUCGACGUACAUCCACAUGAUGAGCUACGGCGCGUCGCUCGACACCACCGUCGCGCCCAAGGAGGCUCUUGCCAGCGCUGCCAAGUGGCUGGAGGAGGUCAAGGAGCCUGUCUGGCGUGAGUGGGCGCCUGGUUCUGGGUCGUACAUGAACGAGGCCAACGCGUUCAACAGCCAGUUCAAGGAGGACUUCUAUGGCGAGAGCUAUGACAAGCUCCUCGAGGUCAAGCGCAAGUAUGAUCCCACAGAGAGUCUGUUUGUCUUGGCUGGUGUUGGAAGUGACGCGUGGGACUACGACCUCAACAGCGGCAAGCUUUGCAAGACGGCUUGA